CGCAAGUGGACGGGGAAACGAAAAAAAAUAGGAGGAAGUGGUUUUAAUGAGGGGGGGGGGGUUAAUUCAAGGGGAAAGAUUAGAAAAAAUUUUUAAAUUAAUAAUUUACCCACGUGAUUACUCGGACCGAUACCAUCCCCGAUUGAUACCAUUUUUUGUAAAUAUCCAAUCUUGGCAAUUUUAUUCCAAUUUUUCUAAAUUUUUCAAUUCCUUUCUUAUUUAACAAACAUUUUCUAUAAAAUCCCAACCAUUUUUAGUCAAUACAUACAUAUUAUUAACUCCACUUAACGGAGUCCAUGAAAUGGCACAAUAAAUGGUCUUUAACACAUAUUGGAGGGUUUACAUUUUAUUGGGUACGUUAUGUUUUGGCUGCAUUAGCACUUUUAUGGCUAACAUUACUUGCAUUAGUUUUUCUCCAACAAGACAUUGCUUCUUGCCCUACAACGAAAGUACAGAGAUUUACAGAAUCAGGAGAUAUAGGACCACAACAAAAUAAUUUUCUACAUCCAAAAAAUUUGGAAGGGAAAGUUUGUUUUCAUUUUAUUAACGAAUUGGAAAGAUUAAAAAAUGAGCUUAUCGAAUUACAAGAAGAAAAUAAACAAUUAAAAAAGUUGGCUAGCAGCCGCGAUUUUCGUCCUGUUGAACCAGACCAAUUUUUAAUACAUAAACCGCCAGCAGAAAAUUUAGCAAGUGAUUAUGGGGGAGCUGAUACAGAGCUUAGAAAGGUUGCCCCACUUGUUGUUGCAGCAGAACAACGUUUAAAGGGACAGUUAUAUUCUAAAGAACAUGAGGAGGCUAGGAGGAAUCUUCAAAAUAAUAUUUGGGAAUUAUUUUUAAGAAUUAAUAGUCAAGAAUUUGGAAAAUUAAUUGGAAAAGCGAACACGGAAAUUUUAAAACAACAAUUUGAACACAUUCUGACAGAAUCUAAAAUACUUUCUGUUGUUGAUAGAGCUCCUGAAUGGCAUAAAAAAGUUUUAGAUAAAAUAGCUGAUAGAAUUAGAGAAAGUUUAUUUAAAUUACAAAAUCCUUCUGAUUGCAAAACUGCAAAGUUUUUAGUCUGUGAGUUAAAUAAAGGUUGCGGUUUUGGUUGCCAAAUACACCAUGUAACUUAUUGCCUUAUAAUGGCAGCAGCUUCUAAUAGAACACUAGUACUUGAAAGAGACGGGUCUUCCUGGCGUUAUUCUGAAAAUGGUUGGAAUGCCGCCUUUUUGCCCAUUGGAAAAUGUUCCUGGGCUAAACACAUAACAAAUAACCUUCAUAUAGAACCAUUUAAUGGAUUAUCCCAAACUACCAAAAUUGUUCGAUUGCCAAUAGUUGAUGUUCUUACAACUAAACCAAAACAACUUCCUCUUGCAUUUCCGUCCCAAUUUUCUGAUUUAUUGCUCAUACAUCAUUCAGCCCCUCCAGCCUUUUUUAUUGGCCAAUUUUUAAAUUUUCUUAUGCGGGAAAAUGAAGAAGUAAAGAAAUUUGUUUUGCAGGCAAAAGAGAAAAUACCUUUUCAUCUUGGUCCAGUAGUCGGUCUACAAAUUCGACGUACAGACAAAGUUGGAACUGAAGCUGCCUUUCAUAACUUAGAGGAAUAUAUGGAAUGGGCCGAUCUUUGGUUUAGGAUAGAAAGAAAACGUUUAAAUUUCCCUUUAUUGCCUAAACGUGUAUUUAUUGCAACUGAUGAUCCUUCUGUUAUUACAGAAGCUAGGGAGAAAUAUGGAAGUAAUGGAUGGAUGAUAUUUGGAAAUGAUGAGAUAGCAAAUGCAGCAAAGCCAAAUACCCGUUACACCGAUCGCUCACUUCUUGGAGUUAUUACAGAUGUUAGAUUAUUAGCUGAAUGUAGCUACAUUGUUUGUACUUUUAGUAGUCAGGUUUGCCGAAUUGGUUAUGAACUAAUGCAGACAAGAGUAGGUGAUGCUGGUAAUGACGUGCAUUCUAUAGAUGAUAUUUACUACUUUGGUGGACAAUCCGCUCACGAAAUGGAAGCUAUUGAUGGAUUUAAAGCAGAAAAUGAUGAACAAAUAGAUUUAAAUAAAGGAGAUAUAAUUGGAAUAGCGGGUAAUCAUUGGAAUGGUUGGUCAAUGGGGAAGAAUAAACGUACUGGUCGUUCAGGCCUUUUUCCUUCCUAUUUGGUACGCGAGAAAUGGCUAAUUGAAGACUUUCCUAUUUUUGAGAAGUAA